AUGCGCUCCUUCACCCAAAUCAUCACCGCGCUCUUCGCGCUCCUCGUCUGCGCCUUCGCCCAGGAAGACCAGUACGACGCCACCGUCUACAUCACCUCGACCGUCUACCGCGUCAACACCGUGACCGCGUCCUCGUCAUCCCCCGCCGGCUACACCGCCGCAAACAGCACCAGCACCAUCUCCGCCACGCACCCCACCAUCGUCCCCUCCAUGGCCAUGCCCACUGCCUCCGGCCCCAUGGCCAGCGCCUCCGCUUCCAUGCCCCCUCAAUUCGAGGGCGCCGCUUCCUCGCUCCAGAUCAACGGUCUUGUUGUUGCGCUCGCGGCUGGUGUCGGGUACCUCGUUCUAUGA